GUUUGGUGUAGCUGCAGUGAAGGAGCUUUUCUCAGCAUCCUGCAUCCCUCCAUCACUGAAACAGAGAGGCAACCAUGAAAGGAGAUACCCCUGUGAAUAGCACACUCAGUGUUGGACAGGCCAGGAAGAUGGUUGAGCAGCUCAAGAUUGAAGCCUCUAUGUGUCGCAUAAAAGUCUCAAAGGCAGCAUCAGACCUGAUGGCAUUCUGUGAUGCUCAUGCGUGCGAGGAUCCACUGAUUACACCUGUGCCCACAUCUGAAAACCCAUUCAGAGAGAAGAAAUUCUUCUGUGCCCUUCUCUGAUCCAUCCUGCUUACGAAGUACUCUCUGGCAAUC